GGAGCAUACAAAGUUGAGCAAUACUGGGGCCACAUCCCAAAAUAUGAACACUGGGGGAUGUGCCCAAUCUGUAGAGUCUCUGAAAUGAUUGAACAUAUCCUAAUGGAAUGUCAGACACCCAGAAGACAACAGAUCUGGGACCUAAUGAAAGAGCUCUGGCACCAGAAGCAUGAAUUCUGGCCAACACUCUCACUGGGCAUGGUCUUGAGCAGCAGCCUGAGAAAAUUCAAGAACUUGGGAGCAAAAACAAAGGGUACCAAGCAAGCCUUCUGUAUCCUGGUCCCAGAAGCAGCCCUUCUUAUAUGGAAGCUCCACUGUGAGCAACAAAUCAAGAGAGAGGACGAUCCUGAGUGCUGCUUCAGCAAAGGUGAAAUAGCAGGAAGAUGGCCCAGCAUGAUGAGUCAGUGCUUCCAACAGGACAGAGUCAUGACUGAUAAGGUCAGAUUUGGCUCCAAAGCAGUAUGGGAGCAAACCGUUCUCGACACCUGGAAAGAUUUAGUCUUCCGAAAGGACGGUGAGAAACUGCCAGAUGACUAG